CUGCGCAUAUGCCUGGGCGGCGGCGGCGGCGGCGGCGGCCUAUCCUGUCCGUACGGGCUGGGCCAUGGCAGCAGCCGGCGCCCCGUCGGGCGGAGGGGCCGGGAGCUCCAAGGUGGCGCCCAGCGUGGAUUUCGAUCACAGCUGCUCCGACAGCGUGGAGUACCUGACCCUCAACUUCGGGCCUUUCGAGACAGUGCAUCGGUGGCGCCGCCUGCCGCCCUGUGACGAGUUCGUAGGGGCCAGGCGCAGCAAACACACCGUGGUUGCCUAUCGGGAUGCCAUCUACGUGUUUGGUGGUGACAAUGGAAAAACGAUGUUGAAUGACCUAUUGAGAUUUGACGUAAAGGAUUGCUCUUGGUGCAGGGCUUUUACCACAGGGACCCCUCCAGCGCCCCGGUAUCACCAUUCAGCAGUAGUCUAUGGGAGCAGCAUGUUUGUGUUUGGUGGCUACACUGGAGAUAUAUAUUCCAAUUCCAAUUUGAAGAAUAAAAAUGAUCUUUUUGAGUAUAAGUUUGCAACUGGCCAGUGGACAGAGUGGAAGACUGAAGGAAGAUUGCCAGUUGCAAGGUCAGCUCAUGGUGCAACAGUGUAUAGUGACAAACUGUGGAUCUUCGCAGGAUAUGAUGGAAAUGCACGGUUAAAUGAUAUGUGGACGAUUGGCCUACAGGACAGAGAGCUAACAUGCUGGGAAGAGAUUGAACAGAGUGGUGAGAUCCCUCCUUCCUGCUGUAAUUUUCCUGUGGCUGUUUGCAAAGACAAGAUGUUUGUGUUUUCUGGCCAGAGUGGAGCAAAGAUCACCAAUAAUCUCUUUCAGUUUGAAUUCAAGGAAAAAAUUUGGACACGAAUUCCUACUGAACACUUACUUCGGGGCUCCCCUCCUCCUCCACAGCGAAGAUAUGGUCACACCAUGGUUGCCUUUGAUCGCCACCUCUAUGUGUUUGGUGGUGCUGCAGACAACACAUUGCCAAAUGAACUACACUGCUAUGAUGUGGACUCUCAGACCUGGGAAGUUAUCCAGCCUAGUCCAGAUAGUGAGGUGGCCCAUCCAGAAGUUGCUGAGAGGGUAGCUGCCCCAGAAGAAGCUCCUUCCUUCUCCUCAGAAGAACGUGGUUUAAAAAAAUCUCGAGAUGUAUUUGGUUUAGAUUUCGGCAUAACAACAGUUAAACAACAGCCCACAGCAGACUCUGAGCUGCCAAGUGGGAGACUCUUCCAUGCUGCAGCUGUCAUCUCAGACGCCAUGUACAUCUUUGGUGGGACAGUGGACAAUAACAUUAGAAGUGGAGAAAUGUACAGAUUCCAGUUUUCUUGUUACCCAAAAUGCACUUUACAUGAAGAUUAUGGAAGACUGUGGGAAAACAGGCAGUUCAGCGACUUGGAGUUUGUUCUGGGAGAGAAGGAAGACCGAGUCCGGGGACAUGCAGCCAUUGUCACAGCUCGCUGUAAGUGGCUAAGGAAGAAAAUUAUACAGGCAAGGGAGAGAUUGAAACAGAAAUCUAAGCAAGAGAUUGAAGAAGAGGGACAAGCACUGUCCCAGAACGAGGGGAUUUGUGGCAAUGUCAAGCUGUGCUGCCUGCAACCCCUGCUGGAAGUGACAAUCCGAGAAGCUGAAGCUCAACCCUUUGAGGUGCUCAUGCAGUUCCUGUACACAGAUAAAAUAAAAUACCCACGCAAAGGUCAUGUGCAGGAUGUACUGCUUAUCAUGGAUGUGUACAAACUAGCCCUGAAUUUCAAGCUCUCGCGCCUGGAACAGCUCUGCCUCCAGUAUAUUGAAGCAUCUGUAGAUCUACAGAAUGUGCUCAUUGUGUGUGAAAAUGCUAACAAGCUUCAACUGGAUCAACUAAAGGAACACUGCCUGAACUUUGUGGUUAAAGAGUCACAUUUUAAUCAGGUAAUAAUGAUGAAGGAAUUUGAGCAUCUUUCCUCAUCCCUGAUAGUGGAGAUAGUACGAAGAAAACAGCAGCCUCCUGUUCGAACACAUUCCGAUCAGCCUGUGGAUAUUGGAACAUCUUUGAUUCAGGAUAUGAAGGCUUAUCUAGAAGGAGCUGGGAUCGAGUUUUGUGAUAUCAUCCUCCUGUUAGAUGGCCACCCAAGACCAGCACAUAAGGCAAUUCUGGCAGCCCGCUCCAGUUACUUUGAAGCCAUGUUCCGUUCCUUCAUGCCAGAAGAUGGACAAGUAAAUAUUUCUAUAGGUGAAAUGGUUCCCAGUAAACAAGCAUUUGAAUCUAUGCUGAGAUACAUUUACUAUGGUGAAGUGAACAUGCCUCCUGAAGAUUCCCUCUACCUCUUCGCUGCACCUUAUUAUUAUGGUUUCUACAACAACAGACUUCAAGCAUACUGCAAGCAGAACCUGGAAAUGAAUGUUACAGUGGAAAAUGUGCUCCAGAUUUUAGAGGCAGCUGACAAGACACAGGCUCUGGACAUGAAGAAGCACUGCCUACAUAUCAUUGUUCACCAAUUCACCAAGUUGCAGUGACCCCCACCAGCACCCCAGAGACCACUGUGCAGGCAUCAGAGGAGCCUGAAAUGGAGACCCCUGCCAUGAAUAGUGAGCGGGAAGAGGAGUGGGGAAACACAGGAGGAGACUCCAACCAUGCCAUAAAACAGGACCUGUUUGAAACUGCAGGAGAAUUGCUAGUCCCAUCAGGAGAGUGCAGAUGAGCUUGGGUAAGUGUGUGCCUUCAUUUUUUCCUUACAAUGUUUUAUUUACUUUUCCUUCCUCUCUCCCUGCCCCUCCCCUCCUGCCAUUUAAAGAUGGCACCCAUCCCAUCCCCACAUUUACAAGAGAAAGAUAUCAACUUUUCAAUGUUUUACUGGUGUACUGUGAGAAACUUAAAAAGUCAAUUCAAAACAAAUUCUGGAACAGUACUAUGACAGUCCGAUUACAUAAUCCUCAUCAUAAUAAUGUAGGACUGGAAGGGCCCUCGUGAAAUCAUCCAGUUCAGUCUUCUGCACUGAAGCAGGGCUAAGUAUUAUCAACCAUCCCUGCCAGUGUUCGUCUAACCUGGUUUUAAACAUCUCCAAUUACAGAGAUUCCACAACCUCGCUAGGUAAUUUGUUCCCUGACAGGAAGUUUUUCUUAAUGUCUAACGUAAACCAAUUUACUCCAAUUGUUACUUGUCCUGUCCUCAGUGGAUAAGAACAACAAUUUAUCACCCUUCUCUUUAUAACAACUUUUUGCAUACUUGAAGACCUUUACCAUGGUUCUUUCACCAUUCCAGAUACCCCCAGCAGCACCCCAAAUGCCCCAAGUUCCAUCCUGAGUGCUCCCAGCACUAGCUCAGGCACCCCAAGUGAGGCCCUCAGAGCAUGACAGAAUCCCCCAGAGACAGUGCAGACGAUGUACUGGGCAACCACAGCAAUGCUUCUGGCACCAAUAAGCCAGGUGACACUCAGCCAGCGCUGUGUGUAAUAAACUCCUAUGCUUGACCUCUACAUGGUGUGGAUUUAUGUCCCACUGCCAACGCAUGGAGCCCUAACAGCAUCACUGAAGGGUUAAAAUCCAUGUGCAUUUUAUAUAACAACCUGGUAUAUGGAUUGUGCCAGCUCUUUUUUAGACCCAAAGUCCAGAGUUUGGUCAAGACACCAGAGGCCUAGCAAAUAGUGAU